AUGAAGGAGGAGGAGGAGAGGAAGCUUGAAUCACCUGCUGUCGAGGUCGUAGGGUUGCCUGUGGGUCACGAUAGCCACAAUGUUCUGCUCGACCAUGCCCAGCAGCUAAUGAUGGUGCCACUAGCCUCCCUCCAGGCAGAUUUCCUUGAGGAGGUUGGUGGCUUCCUCCAUCAGAGAGCUGUGCGGCGAUACAGCACUCCUGGCCCAUGGCGCAUCUCCGUGCCCAUUUCUCCGUUCUUGGCGCGGGCCACAUUUGGAUCAACGACUGAAAUAUGUCUUGAUACGAACGAUUCGGUGGCC